ACACUGCCCACCCUCCAUGGGAACGUCAAACUCACAAUCCAAAACCAAACCCACGAUGAUACUACGAUGGUCCUAGCCCUCCUCGCGCGCCUCACAGCGCCGCCCACUCAGACCCUCCGCACCCUCCGCCCCACAUCCUCAACUGUAUCCUUCACCGUCUCCACCCGACCAGUGCCUACAACCCUCGCCGCAAAGCUACGCUACUACGUCGGCCUGCUAACACGGCUCCUGCUUGGAGUGUGUGCAGUCUUCGCUUUGUGGGUGAAGUGGCGCAUUAGCUACGGGCAACCCACAGACGUCUUGCUCUGGUUGCUGGGCGGACCGCAAACGGCCGCAUUGCUGAAGGGUACUGGGAACGUGGGGUGGCAGUAUGUUGGCCCUGGAGCAAUCGUGGUGCUGCUCUUGGUGCUACGAAGAGGGCACACUGAAGAGUCUCUAACCCUCCUCCGCGACCUGGGCGUACAAACGUCGUCUUCCGCAUCCACGUUCCUCCAGCCACCGAGCAGUCGCUUCAUUCCCACGAGUGACAUCCAGGACAUCUUCAUACACGAGGCGUUUCGAGGAUUCGAGGUCCGGUUCUAUCUCGCCAUAGUGGUGAAGGGCGAAGAGGAUAUCGUUGUCGUGUUUCCGAGCCUGCUGCCGAGGAGGGCGAUGCUGGAAGAGGUAUGGAGGGGCGCAAGGAAGUGUUUGUGGGAGAAUGGAGGAGGAGGAAGAGGGGGAGAAGGAGGAGGGGGAGGAGGGAGGAUGAAAGAGAAGGCUGGGAUAGGGAUGUAG